AUGCCUUCCGAACAACCCCCGCCGCACUCCGCCACUGUGCCACCAAACUUCUGGGGCGACAUGCCGGAAGAAGAGUACUACACCUCCCAAGGCCUCCGCAAUGCCCAGUCCUACUUCGAAACUCCAAAUGGCAAAAUCUUUACCCAAUCCUUCAUACCCAUUGACCUUCCCAUCAAGGCCACGGUUUACAUGACUCACGGCUAUGGCUCAGACUCAGGGUGGCUCUUCCAGAAGAUAUGCAUAAACUUCGCCACCUGGGGCUACGCCGUCUUCGCCGCAGACCUCCUCGGCCACGGCCGCUCCGAUGGACUCCGUGGCUAUUUGGGAGAUAUGGAGAAGGUUGCUGCGACGUCGUUGUCGUUCUUUGUGAGUGUGAGGGAGAGUGAAACUUAUAAGCAUCUUCCUGCUUUUCUGUUUGGGGAGUCCAUGGGUGGGCUUGCUACGAUUCUCAUGUACUUCCAAUCGAAGCCAGAGACAUGGACUGGUGUGAUGUUCUCUGCUCCACUCUUCGUCAUGCCCGAGAACAUGAAGCCAUCCAAGGUGCGGCUGUUCAUGUAUGGACUUUUGUUCGGAAUGGCGGACACAUGGGCAUCGCUGCCGGACAAUAGAAUGGUGGGCAAGGCAAUCAAAGACCCGGAGAAACUGAAGAUCAUCGCCGGCAAUCCGAGGAGAUAUACAGGGAAGCCAAGGGUCGGGACAAUGAGGGAGCUAGCUAGAAUGUGUGAGUUCGUGCAGCACAAUUUCCACAAGGUGACCGUGCCCUUUUUUGUCGCGCACGGGACCUCCGACGGAAUCACUUGCCCGUCAGGAUCGAAGAUGUUGUAUGAGAAAGCAAGCUGUGAGGACAAGACAUUGAAGCUGUAUGAAGGAAUGUACCAUUCUCUUGUACAGGGUGAGCCUGAUGAGAAUGCCAAUUUGGUGUUGGGAGACAUGAGGGCUUGGAUUGAUGAGAAGGUUGAGAGGUAUGGUCCAAAGUGUAACGGUAGCUAAGCUUUGAAUUGAGCCCUCUAUGUAUGUGUGUGGAGGGGUGGGCUAUGGGAAGGUGGUGAAGAAAUGGGCACAAAAUGUAAUAUUCUGAAUUAUUAUUGUUUUAUAUAUAUUUUGAUUAAUUAAAAGAACAUUUACAUAAUUUGUCAGAAUGAGCACGUUAUGCUCCUUGUAUGUUCUGCCCUUACCCUGAUACUUCAUUCCUCGUAUGCGUGUAACUAUUGCACAAGUAUUGUUAUGAAAGCCAAGAGAUUUGUUUAUUUAAAGAUUUAUUCGUAGACCAAUUAUUAACUUUAGCUGCGCUUGAGGGACACAAUUUUUUAGGAGUUGGCUUCG